GCUAUAUACAAUAAUCUCGUUGUGACUAUGAGUAAUAUUGACUUGUCAGACUGGUUUACUCAAAUAUUCAUGUCUCCUGUUUUUCAUGAUGGAACUGCUCAAAAAAGAAUCAGUUCAGCAACAAUCAGGUGAUGUGCAUAGAGCCUCUGAUGUAAUCAGAUGGAACCCCCCUUGUUUAAAUUUUGUCAAAAUAAAUUUUGAUGUAUCCUUUUUAGAUGGAUCUACUCCUAGUGGAAUUGGACUAAUUCUGAGAAGUUGUACAUGGAAAUUUGAAGGAGCCAAAGGGGAAAGGAUUCAAGUAGUUGAUGAAGAACAAGGAGAAGUUGUUGCUGCUUUAGAGUCGAUUAAAUGGGCUAUGGAGCAGGUAAUAAAGAAUUUGAUUUUAGAAGGUGAUAAUAAAAAUGUAGUCAAUGCCAUUAAUGGCAAUAUGAACUAUAUUAACCGGACUACAAAUAGUGUAGUUCAGGAAUGUCUUUUUCUGUUAAAAAGUUUUAAGAAUUGGUCUUGUUCUUUUGUUAAGAGAGAUGCAAACUCAGUUUGGCAAAACAUGUUAGAACCAAUGGUAAUGGUCUUUGGUACCUUGUCCCUCCAAAUUUCCUUCAUGGAGAUUUAAGGAAGGAUCUAUCUAUGUAAUUUGCUUGCUUUGAAAUAAAAUUUCUCUUAUUUAAAAAGAAAAAAAAAAACUCCAACCAAUUCCUCAUGUCCAUCUAGCUAACAUCACCUCUGAACGUGACAGUUUCUUCACCCACCGGCAGCUACAGUACUUUAUGCUUGCUGUUGUUGUACAGACGUAGAAUGAUCACAACCAAUCACCUCUCCGUACCAGCUCUGGCAGCGCACCAAUUUCUAUUGCCUGACCGUAUCUAAGCACCUUCCCCGUUAACUGAAUCGAUGGCAAUGGUUCCGUACAAAACCAGCCAACAAACAUCUCUCUCUUAUCUCCAUUGUUGCUAGACUUCGUUUCUUUCAGCCAUUAGAACAACCAAAAACCAUGAAGGAAGGUUACUGCCGGAUUCAAAUAUAGUCUCCC